ACCGCUCUCCAUAGAAAGAUCAACAGGGAUAUUUGACAGUCACAGCACAGUGUUUCAAAUGACCAUGUAUAUCAUUAUCAUAUGGUUCACAUCGUUCAUUUUUUUUGGCAUUAUCUGGGAAAUUAUUCGGCGCUGCAGAUUAAGAGCAAAGGUUACAUCACAUGAUUUACGUCAAGAUCUAAGAGCCGAGUUGAAAGGAAUGGUCGAAAGUUUUAAUGAAAACAUACGAACAAUGAAAACACAAUUGGCAUCACGACAUGCAAAAGAAAGAAAAGAAUUCUUGACAAGUAUAAAGAAGCAACAAAGCAGAAAAUAUCUUUCGUCAGUUAAACUUACAGAGCUGGACAACCCUUACUUUGACCCAGAACCUGACGAACAGGAAUCAUUCAAGGAUAAACCUGACGAGCAGGUGUUGUCCAACGAUAAACCAGACAAAGUGGAACUUUGCAGCGAUGAACAUAACGAAAAGCAUUUGCCAAGCAACAAAUAUCAAAGCGAUUGCUGAUUUGUUCAACUACUUGACUCUCAGAGUGGAGUCAUCUUGCGAAACAAGUUUGAUUUUUCUUGAAAAGCCUGUUUUUUUUAAUUCAAUAUCUCGAACGAUACACGCGAGACUUUGCCGUCAAACUGAAACGGACUUUUUU